AUGACAUUAGUAGAGUUCGCCUAUAAUAACAGUUACCAUUCAUCAAUCCAAAUGGCACCGUACGAAGCCCUUUAUGGGCGAAAGUGCCGUUCACCGAUAUAUUGGGAUGAAGUAGGAGAAAAGAAGGUCUUAGACCCUACCAUUAUCCCUUGGAUGGAGGAUGCCCAAGAAAAGAUUAAAUUAAUCCGUCAAAGACUCCAGACAGCCCAAAGUCGCCAAAAGAGCUACGCCGAUAAUCGAAGAAAAGACCUGGAGUUUGAAGUAGGAGACCAAGUAUUUUUGAAGAUUACUCCGUUACGUAGUGUCACUGCCGGCAGAGGAAAGAAACUUCAACCUAGAUUCGUAGGCCCUUUUCCUAUCCUUCAACGAGUUGGAAAAGUAGCUUACCGACUGGAAUUGCCAUCGAGCUUAUCACGGAUUCACGACGUAUUUCAUGUUUCCAUGCUCAAAAAGUAUUACCCUGAUCCAACUCACAUUGUCCAGCCGGAAGGGAUCGAAAUUGACGAGGCCCUUACUUACGAAGAAAAACCUGUGCAAGUACUGGAUAGGAAAGUUAAGGAGCUGAGGAAUAAGCAAAUUCCACUGGUGAAAAUUCUAUGGAAGAACCACGGAGUUGAGGAGGCAACCUGGGAGAUGGAAAACGAGAUGAAAACCAAGUAUCCAGAGCUGUUUACUGACUCAGGUAAGACGGUUGACACUCUGAGGGCACAGUUGGAAAAGGCCAAAAGAGUGAGCCAUGGACAGGGCGUGCGCCUGCGUGACCUCGAGGAGGGGUUACGAGCUGAGAAGGAGCGGACAUAUACUCUUGGUCAUCAGUUUGAGGAGACCCACCGCCACCUCUUUGCUUUGAAGGGCAGGUGA